AGUCGAUGCUUCUGCUUGUCUACAACCCGCUUAGCGUGAAGACGUAUCAUCACGUUAGACUGCCUGCUAUAGCCCUCCACUACACCAUUAGGGAUUUCAAUGACGAGGAGGUAGAAUACCAACUGGUACCUCUCCCAGCAGCCGUCAUCAAUCUUCCAGGGAGAUCCUCUACAGCAAUCCAGGAGUUGUGCUUCGAAGCUGAAAACAUACCUCCUCUAGGAUUCACUGCGUAUUACAUCGCUCCUGUCAGAGAUCAGUUGGAAGAGAAUGAGUUUGCCAAGAAGUUUUCUAAAUCAAAUCAAGGGAAAAUUGAGGCUGAGCAGGAGAUCAUACCUUUCAUAUCCAACGAGUACAUAAAAGUGACAGUGGAUAAGGUGACAGGACUGCUGGAGUCUAUCCAGCAUGUGGAUGGAGUCAGGAUUGACGUGGGCCAGAACUUCUAUUUCUACGCUCAAGGCCAACAGACCCUGCAGUCAGGGGCCUACAGCUUCAGACCAGAUCGACAGAGACCCGUUGCUGUAACAGACAAGGUAGCCUACAACACGAUCCGAGGGUCUCUAGUCAAGGAGAUCAGACAGCGGUUCAGCGACUGGAUCACUCAGGUCAUCAGGUUGUACCGCGGUGAGGAGUUUGUGGAGAUGGAGUGGAUUAUUGGACCUAUACCUAUUGGCACGGACCUGGGCAAGGAGGUGGUGAGCCUCUUCACCACAAACAUCACCAGCAAUGGCGAGUUCUUCACCGACUCCAACUCCCGGCAGAUGAUGAGGCGCACGUGUUGGAACGAAUCUGCAAGUAGGUUGAAUCAGCAGAUAAAGAAGCCGAUAGCAGCGUGCUACUACCCGGUAACAUCACGCAUAUGUAUACACUCGGGGAACGCCAGUGUGGAGAUGUGUAUCCUAGUCGACAGGACGGAAGGAGGAACAUCAUAUAAUGAUGGGGAGAUUGAACUUAUGGUCCAUAGAAGACUUCUAACAGACGAUGGCUUCGGUCUAGAAGAGACUCUGAACGAGGAAUCUUACGGAGUAGGUUUGGUCGUGAAGGGGAAACACAGGAUACUCUUUGGAAACUAUCGACAAGAAGUGGAUGACCAGACCUUCUCAGAGAGGAUGUCUCUGUACUCGAGGAAGUGGCAGUACGAGCCCUGGCUGUUCCUGACUUCUGGAGAGAAGCUGAACAGGAGAAAAUGGCAGAAUGUUAGGAAUAAGAGAUUUUCAGUGCUAAAGCUGCACGGUCUACCCCGCCACAUCCACGUGCUGACCUUGGAACCCUGGAAGGCUGGCACAGUUCUGCUCAGACUGGAAAACACACUAGAAAGCCCUAUACGAGAGAGAUACAGAACGGAUAAAUCGGACGGUCCAGAAGAUUACAUAAGCAAGCCGACUCACAUCACGGUGGAGCUGCGGAAGAUAUUCUUACAGAUGAACAUCAAGCUAGUCAGGGAGACCACCCUCGCUGCCAACCAGUGGCUGGAUGAUGCACGGCAGAUGGACUGGAGUACUAGAUAUGUAUACAAUGGAGCUGAUGACGGUAUACUGCCAGAAGACGCAGAAGAAACUGAAGAUAAGCCACAAAAACCGGCAGACAAUAAAGAGUCAGAGGAAGACCCUGAGUACGGGCGAAAAAAAUACGUAAGACAAAGAUUUUCGGACAAAUCUAGAUCGAAAAUCAAAACGCCUGUGUACGCAGACUACGAUAGGCGAAAACGGUCAAUUAACAUGUCUGAAAACGUCAUGGAAAACAUAAUUAAUGACACAUCGGUAGAUGAAGUUAGAUUUAAUGACACAACAGAGUCACCAGCGAACGACACAUCAAUAGAUUUGACGACAAAAUUCGAGAUGAAUGACACAGUAAAGUUCUCAGAACAAUUCAAGUUCUUGGUGACACAGAAGACACCAAAAAUGGGUUUUCUGAGCAGAAUGAAGCCUAGUAAGCUGGUUAAUGAAUGGGCGGCUGAGACCGAAGAAGUGGCGUCUUCUGAGGAAGAUUUCUCUUCUAAUUUGAAGAAGAGAUCGCCUCGGAGAAGGAAUGGUAGUAGAAGUUCUAAGAAGACUAAACCUGAAGAAACAAGAUCGGACGACGUGGACGAUGGUAUAACAAAAUCGAUCUACGAGAUGUACUACAAACAUCGCCCAAGGAAUCAACACAAACCUUUUAAGAACUCCGAAGAACAAAGAAUGAGAAGGAAGAAGGCAAGAAGAUUACGCGACAAGAAUGAUUAUGAUUACGAAUUGGAACCGACUACUAAAAGAUACUCUAGAAACAAGAGUAAGAGAGUCAGGGGGAGAGGUUACUCUGCUGAUAUGCCGUUCUUCUUAACUGACGGAAAGAAGUUCAAAGGAGAUAGAGAUUAUAUGACUACAGACGACGGUAGAAGAAUGAGGGAGAUGGGCGCUGACGAUGGACAUGGUAAAGAAUAUCCUGCCAAAACUACAGCACCUCGUUUGCAUAAACGUAAGAACAAUAGCGGCAUGGAAACAGACUAUUCUGAAGAGGAGGACCCUGAUAACGUGGAGAAGGAGAUCGGAGAGAGAAGAACGGAGAAUAAUAGGAGAAAGAGAACCCUGCCCAAAGACGAUGAGGUGCAAGUGGAACCCGGUGGCUCUGAAACAAUAGAGGACACAGACUUCGUGGUGACAAUACGACCGACACAAAUACGCACAUUUGUUAUAUGGUUCGAGAAUAAUAGAAAGAAUUAUAAUACAUAG